CAAGUGCUCUUGUGCCUCCGUUCUCCUCCGCGAGCGAGAGAAGAGAGAAGAGAGAAGAGAGAGAGACAGAGAGACAGAGAGACAGAGAGACAGAGAGAUCUUCGCCGCUCCCGCCCUGACGCUGCGCCGAACUCCCCAGCCUCGCCUCCUGCGCCGCUGCCUCUUCUCGCCCUUACAUCAAACCCUUUUCGUCCGGCCUUCUUCGUCAUCCGUCCUGCUUGUCAGCGAUCCCUGGCCACGCGCCCCAAGGAACUUUGGCUGUGCUAUGGAACCUACUGCAUUUACUAGUGGCGUUGGUCAUGGAACCCCUCCUAGUUCGGGCUACAAUUUUGAUCCACAAAAAGAAAUGGCUGUCUUGGGAAACACCCAGAUUGGAAAAAACGAUGCUUCAUAUGCACCAGCUUCAUCAAGUCUGGAGGCCACAACAGCAACUCAAGAUUAUUAUGGUUAUGCAUCAUAUAGAAAUCCUACCAAUCCUUAUGCAUAUAACAAUACAGAGUAUCCGAAUUACUAUUAUGGUUAUCAGCAGUCACCUUGUGUUUCUUCUUCUCAUCAAGUAGGGGCAAAUCAAAAUUCAGGUGCUCCUUAUCAGCCUCUUAUCUCAUUUCAGAAUUCAGCCUCUUCUGUGGGUCCUACAAGUUAUUCUGGCACUUACUACAAUACUGGUGAUCAUCAGACUAUGGCGGGAUACCAGAGCAACAGUUACAAUAAUCAGAACAAUAUGUGGAAUGAUGGAAGUUUUGGAAGUUACAAUGCUCAGCAUUACCCAAGCUAUGGGGCAUCUUGUGCGAGCUCAAGUCAAAGCAGUAGUAGUAUACCUGGAAAUAAUCCUCAUUUGCAGUAUCAAUAUAAUCAGUGGCCUGGUUAUUAUAACCAUCCAGCAUCCAGUGUUAGUGCUCCUGGAAUUGAAAGCUUGUCAACUAAUCCUCCAGUUCACGGUGUUGGUGGAGGAUACUCAUAUGCUAACAACCAACCUCCACCACCUGGGACUACAUCUUGGAGAAGAGAUUCUGUCUCUUCUGCGUUUCCCACUAUACAGGGGACGCCUGAAAUUGCAGGACAGAAUCUUAAUGCACUGGAAGCCAGGGCCCCAGCAUUGCAGACAACACAGAUAAAUCAAGUCUCAUCAUAUUUUCAAAAGCCUUCAGAUACAAAUAUUGUUUCAGAUUACUCUGAAGAUCAACAAAAAACUACUAUUAUACAAGGUUCCAGUUUACAACUGUCUUCAACUAAUCAAAUUUCUGAAAAUUUUCAGCCACCCUUGCAGACAGUGCCAAUGAUGGAUACUCGUAGGAUGCCCAAAAUACAAAUUCCAACAAAUCCAAGAAUUACAUCAAGUUUGCUGUUGGGCAUGCCCAAAGCUGAGAAGGAAAUCCCUAUGAAUAGUGCGACACCAAAGCCAGCCUACAUUAGUGUCUCAGUGCCUAAGCUUAAUAACAAAAUGCCCUCUCAUGAUGAUUCUGAGACCAAUAUUAAGAUGGGGACAUUCCCUCCUUCACUUUGUGCCUAUGUGGAGAGAACGUUUGCUCGUUGCAAAGAUGAUGCACAAAGAGCUGCUAACCAAGAAUUAAUGAAGGAGAUGAUCGCCAAAUCAUCUACUGAUGGAACACUUUUCACAAGAAAUUGGGAUAUUGAGCCUCUUUUCCCCUUGCAUAUUGCCACUUCGGACAAGGCUGAUCAGAACAAUAUGUUGAGUUCUGGUCCUGUUUCUUCUUUGCCAACACAUAAAAGAAGCCCAACAAAGCGCAGUAAAAGUCGUUGGGAGCCUAUUCCGGAGGAGAAGCUAGUUGAGAAAAUAGCAUCAGUGAGUAACGAACCCGUAAAGGAUGCUAAUGGGAAUCAAAUCUCUGAAACAGAAAGAAUGGUGCAGGCUGAUACCAGAAAGCAUGAUCCAAAGGACAAUGGUUGGGGUGGUUUGAAAUUUUUUGCAUCUCAACAGAAGAACCCUUUUAAUAAAACUAUACAGAGACCUGUUAAGAAGCCACGAUUUGGUGACACAGAUUUAACUGAAAAUGCUAAUGCUUCGAGUGACAGUGACAAGGAACAAGGCUUGACCAAAUAUUACUCUAGUGCCAUUGCACUGGCAAAUUCACCUGAGGAAAGGAAAAAACGUGAACAUCGAUCUAAACGCUUUGAAAAGGGAAGGAGUCACCCAGUUGAGUUGAAGUCUUGCAGUCCAAAAGUUGCUGGAACUGGAAAUUUGUACCCAAGACGAGCCAGUGGUUUGAUGCCUGUUAGAAGUGAUAACAACAAUAAUCAGGUGGUGGAAGAUAUUGACCGGGAUGCACUCACGGUUAGAGGAACUUGCCAAGAAGUUGAGAAACGCUAUCUUCGGCUUACAUCUGCACCUGAUCCAGCCAGUGUGAGGCCAGAAGAUAUCUUGGAGAAAGCUCUACAGAUGGUUCAAGCUUCUGGAAAGAAUUACCUAUACAAAUGUGACCAGCUUAAAUCAAUUCGUCAGGAUCUGACAGUUCAACGAAUUCAAAAUGAGUUAACUGUCAAGGUGUAUGAAACUCAUGCAAGGCUGGCACUUGAGGCUGGGGAUUUGCCCGAAUAUAAUCAGUGUCAAUCACAAUUGAAAAACCUUUAUGCGGAAGGAAUCAAGGGGAGCUACAUGGAGUUUUCUGCUUACCAUUUGCUUUGUAUGAUUUUACACUCCAAUAACAAAAGAGACCUUUUGUCAACAAUGGCAAGGUUAUCAGCAGAAACAAAAGAGAAUGAAGCUGUUAAGCACGCCCUCGCAGUUCGCAGAGCUGUUUCGUCUGGAAACUAUAUUCAGUUUUUUAGGCUAUAUGGAAGGGCUCCAAAUUUGAAUACAUGCCUCAUGGGUCUUCAUGUAGAGAAGAUGAGAUUUGAGGCUCUCAGAUGCAUGGCAAAAUCAUAUCGCCCAACAGUCCCUGUUUCAUACAUCUCUAAGGUUUUGAGAUUCUCUAGUAAAACACCUGUAGAAGAAAGUCCAACCAAGCUUGCUGAUGGUCUAGUUGAGUGCGAAGAUUGGUUAAAGGCACAUGGUGCGGUUCUUAUCAUGGACAGUAAUGGGGAAUCACUGAUAGACACCAAGGUGACAUCAUCUAGUCUUUACAUGCCAGAGCCUGAUGAUGCCGUGCCUCAUGGGGAUGCAAACCUUGCAGUUAACGAUUUUCUGACAAGAACAUUAUGAGGCAUUAGCAUUCUUUGUGUACAAUACAUGAAUAUAUACAUACAUAUAUAUAAGCAUUCAUUCCCAGUGCAGGCCAAUGAAUAAUGCUAAUGGCAAUUGAUCAAGAUAUUUCUGUGUAGCAUUUUGUGCAAUGAACAUGAAAGAUUCAAACAUGAUGCUUGUAUGCUGUCCUUGGAAGGCUGCUAGAGUGAAGCCAUCACAAUAAGUCACUGCACAUCAAGGAAAACAAUAGAUUACCAACUUCUAUUUGACAAAAUGCAAAUGGAAUGGCCUUGGUGGUUACCAUUAUCUUUUGAAAGCAUGCCUGAGGUGUUACUGGUCAGGUGGGACUCAAAACUGUAUGCAAUCUCAUUUGAAGGGUAGGAGCAUCUUGUAAACAAAAUUUACAAAUUACACCAAUUAGAUAAAUCUGAAAGGAUGGUAUUUUCA